AUGGUACUUGUGGUACACGACACAGGAAACCAGAGCUCUGUGGCCACAUUCAUUCUGGUGGGGUUCUCAGAAUUCCCACAGCUCCAGGUACCCCUCUUCCUGCUGUUCCUCAUCAUCUACACAGUCACUGUGGUGGGGAACGUGGGCAUCAUUGUAGUGAGAAAGAUCAAUCCCAAGCUUCAUACACCCAUGUACUUUUUCCUCAGCCACCUCUCAUUUCUGGAUAUUUGCUACUCCAGUGUAUUUACACCCAAGCUGUUAGAGAUCUUGGUUGUGGAAGACAGAACUAUCUCCUUCAAUGGAUGCAUGACACAGUUUUUCUUUGGUUGUGCAUGUGUGAUUACAGAAAUGUUCAUGUUGGCAGUGAUGGCCUAUGACUGGUUUGUGGCCAUGUGUAAUCCCCUUCUCUACACAGUUGCCAUGUCUCACAAGGUCUGUGCCCUGCUGGUGGCUGGAACUUACAUGUGGGGUAGCCUCUGCUCCUUCGUAAUCACAUAUUCCCUUUUGCAACUGUCAUACUGCGGAUCAGGCCCCAUGAACCACUUUGGCUGUGAGUACUCUGCCAUCACCUCCAUCUCUUGCUCUGAUUCCUCCUUCAGCCAGAUGGUAUGUUUAGUCAUUUCUAUAAUGAGUGAGGCCUGCAGCCUCCUGAUCACCCUUGCCUCCUAUGUCUUCAUUGUUGUCAUUGUCAUCAGGAUCCCUUCCAAGGGGGGCCUCUGCAAAGCCUUCUCCACCUGUACCUCUCACCUGGUGGCCAUCAGCAUCUUCCAUGGGAUCAUCCUCCUCCUCUACUGUGUGCCCCACUCCAAAAACUCCUGGCUACUGGUUAAAGUGGCGACUGCGCUUUACUCCAUCAUGAUCCCCAUGCUGAAUCCCCUCAUCUACAGCCUCAGGAACAAAGAUGUGAAAGAGACAGUCAGGAGGCUCAUCAACUCCAAACUGCAUUCUCAUCUAACAUAA